CUGGCCAGGCUGUAGGGAUGCACGUUCUCUCCCCCAUCAAUAAUGGACUCUUCCGCCGGGCCAUCAGUGGCAGUGAGGGACCCACAUCGAUGGGCACCUUGACCGUCAAGCCACAGGACACCGCCAAGGCUUUAGGCGCAGCUGUGGGCUGCGACACCAGCGACACAACCGCCAUGGUAGAGUGCAUGCGCAGUAAGGAUGUGAACGAGCUCUACUCUGCUUCAAGAUCCAGGGACGUUUCGGCCCCGCCGGAUUCUCUUUACAAGUUUGUACCGACCGUAGACAGCGUCUUCGCGCCCAAGACGCCCCGAGAGUUGCUCCAGGAAGGAAACUUCGAGCGGCGUGACUACAUGUUGGGUAUCGUCAGCAGCGAGGGGUCGGUGUUGGGCACCUCUACGCUGAACUCCAUCCACACACAUGCGGACUGCGAAGCCGCGGCCGCGGACAAACUGAGGAUUUAUGAGGAGAAUGCAGCACAGGUGACCCAGGCCGUCGUUAGCGAGUACUGUUCGGACGGGCACGGGAACCACGGCACGUCUCACGCCGAGCGCGCUGCCAGGUUCUACGGAGACUGGCGCUUCGCCGUCCCGCCUAUUCUGGACGCCGAGACCUACUCACGCCUCCACAGCGGAACCUACUUCUACUACUUCGCCCCGCGGCCGUCGUUCUCCACCAGACCGUCCUACAUCCAGGCGGCGCACGGGGACGAGAAGUACUUCCUGUUCGGGCCAGAGGUCAACGGAAAGACCGUGACGUCAGAGGAGCUGGAGAUCAGUACCCGGAUGAUGGUCUACUUCUCGAAUUUCAUGAAGACUGGAGACCCAAACCGUCCUGACACCCUGCCAGUGACCUGGCCAGCCUACGACGAACUCGGUCGUCAGUACCUGCAACUUGGCGGCAUGUCAGCCAGCAGUGUUACAUCCGACUUGUAUCCUAGACAAAGGUUCUUCUGGAGCCAAGUCAUCCCGGCGCUGACUACACACGGAUCCCACAGCCACAGGGCGGCUGCCACGGAGAAACCUGCAGCCGAACCGCCGACUAACGACAGCCACGGUACUGAAGUGUCCUCUGGCGGAGUUGAUGAGUUACUGCAGCAGAUCCAGGCGACCCAGUACGCGUUGGUGGGCGUUGUCGUCGCCUUGGUCGUCGUCGUGUCCGCGCUCGUAUGCCUGGUUGGCAGACGUCUCAGCAACUCGAAGAAGCUAGUGACAAAGAGCGAUAAGGAACCAAUGUCUUACCACAAUGGAAGCAUUGACACCUCACUUUGAAAUCCUACGUUUGAGAAGAAAAUGACAAAUUUGAAAUUUAUCAUUUUGUCCAUUAUAUAAUAAAAAAGGG